AUGCCAAAUAUCGGUGGCCCGAAAAGCAGCACAAUACGUCUGUUAGCUAGUGUAUCUUCGUCAAUACUACGAAAUGGUGCUCCUGCCUGGGGAACAGCAUUGAAAACGAAGAGGAACCGUGAAAAGCUGAACAGAGCAUUCCGGCUUAUGGUCAUACGAGUCACGAGCGCCUACAGGACAAUGUCGUCGGAAGCAGCAAGCGUUAUCGCCGGAAUGAUCCCAAUCUGCAUCACCCUGGCGGAGGAUAUCGAGUGUUAUCAGCGUACAACCACCAGAAACGUGCGAACGAUGGUUCGAAUCGAUUCGAUGGCGAAGUGGCAGCAGGAGUAG